ACUUCUCUAGGGAACCUCGAAGGGACACAGCUAUGGCCAAAGACAUCCUGGGAGAAGCCAGCUUGCACUUUGAUGAGCUGAAUAAGCUGCGAGUGUUAGACCCAGAGGUUACGCAACAGACCAUAGAGCUCAAGGAAGAGUGCAAGGACUUGGUGGACAAAAUUGGCCAGUUUCAGAAAAUAGUUGGUGGCCUAAUUGAGCUUGUUGACCAACUUGCAAAAGAAGCAGAAAAUGAGAAGAUGAAGGCCAUUGGUGCUCAGAAUUUGCUCAAAUGUAUAGCAAAGCAGCGGGAAGCCCAGCAACAGCAACUUCAAGCACUAAUAGUAGAAAAGAAAAUGCAGCUAGAAAGAAAUGAACUGAAAAUUUCAUUUUUAUAG